AUGGUAACGGACUUUAUAAUGCCUGUCGAAGCAUUAUUACCACAAGGAGCAAUAUUUGAUGAGACACCCUUCGGAUUUGAUGUUCUAUGCACUAAUAAUUCCACACUUGAAAUUGUCGGCGAAGAAAACUCUAGAAGUGUUUAUUACACAAUCGAAGCUCUCGAGGAACUUCUUUGCAUCACAGAAGGAAAAUUGUACGAAUGUGGUCAUUGGUUUCGCCCAGAAUCUGGUGCAAUUCGAAAUUGCGUUGCAGGGUCUGAGGAUGAAAAAGAAUUGCAUAAAAACGUGAAGCGGGUGACGGAGGUUAUUGUUGUGUUACUGAUGGAUAGGGUGGAUGUUGAUAAGAAGCCAGUGAUGAAAAAGCAACUGGUUCAAGGGUAUUUCGAAGACAGGAGAAAUUUAUAUAUUAGCAUGGACGUCUUGUAUAACGAGCUAGCAUUUAUUUUUGCAUUAUUAGUCCAUUUCCCUGAAGAAAUAUUUCCUGGAGAUAUGCACGCUAAUCCUUCGGACAUUCGUUUUUGA